AUGGUACUAAUAUUGGGACGAAGACUAAACAGAGAGGAUCUUGGGGUGCGUGAUUCCCCAGCUACUAAACGUAAAGUUUUUGAAAUGGACCCUAAAUCUCUGACAGGCCGUGAGUUUUUUGACUUCUCUUCAGGAUCAUCCCAUGCUGAAAACAUACUCCAGAUAUUCAAUGAAUUCCGAGACAGCCGCUUAUUCACAGAUGUUAUCAUUUGUGUGGAAGGCAAAGAAUUUCCUUGCCAUAGAGCUGUUCUCUCAGCCUGCAGUAGCUAUUUCAGAGCUAUGUUUUGUAACGACCACAGAGAAAGCAGAGAAAUGUUGGUUGAGAUUAAUGGUAUUUUAGCUGAAGCCAUGGAAUGUUUUUUGCAGUAUGUUUAUACUGGAAAAGUAAAGAUCACUACAGAGAAUGUACAAUAUCUCUUUGAAACAUCAAGCCUCUUUCAGAUUAGUGUUCUCCGUGAUGCAUGUGCCAAGUUCUUAGAGGAGCAACUUGAUCCUUGUAACUGCUUAGGAAUCCAGCGCUUUGCUGAUACGCAUUCCCUCAAAACACUCUUCACAAAAUGCAAGAAUUUUGCAUUACAGACUUUUGAGGAUGUGUCUCAGCAUGAAGAAUUUCUUGAGCUUGAUAAAGAUGAACUUAUUGAUUAUAUCUGUAGUGAUGAACUUGUUAUUGGUAAAGAGGAGAUGGUUUUUGAAGCCGUCAUGCGUUGGGUCUAUCGUGCUGUUGAUCUGAGAAGACCACUGUUACAUGAGCUCCUGACACAUGUGAGACUCCCUCUGUUGCAUCCCAACUACUUUGUCCAAACAGUUGAGGUGGACCAAUUGAUCCAGAAUUCUCCUGAGUGUUAUCAGUUGUUGCAUGAAGCAAGACGGUACCACAUACUUGGGAAUGAAAUGAUGUCCCCAAGGACUAGGCCACGCAGGUCAACUGGCUAUUCUGAGGUGAUUGUUGUCGUUGGAGGCUGUGAACGGGUUGGAGGAUUUAAUCUUCCAUACACUGAGUGUUAUGAUCCUGUGACAGGAGAAUGGAAGUCUUUGGCUAAGCUUCCAGAAUUUACCAAAUCAGAGUAUGCGGUCUGUGCUCUAAGGAAUGACAUUCUUGUUUCAGGUGGAAGAAUCAAUGGUCGUGAUGUGUGGAUUUAUAACUCACAGUUAAAUAUUUGGAUCAGAGUUGCUUCUCUAAAUAAAGGCAGAUGGCGUCACAAAAUGGCUGUCCUCCUUGGUAAAGUAUAUGUUGUUGGAGGCUAUGAUGGGCAAAACAGACUUAGCAGCGUGGAAUGUUAUGAUUCCUUUUCAAAUCGAUGGACUGAGGUUGCUCCCCUUAAGGAAGCAGUGAGUUCUCCUGCCGUGACUAGCUGUGUAGGCAAAUUGUUUGUGAUUGGUGGAGGACCCGAUGACAAUACUUGUUCUGAUAAGGUUCAAUCUUAUGAUCCAGAAACCAAUUCUUGGCUACUUCGUGCAGCUAUCCCAAUUGCCAAGCGGUGUAUAACAGCCGUAUCCUUAAACAACCUGAUAUAUGUUGCUGGUGGGCUGACCAAGGCAAUAUACUGUUAUGAUCCAGUUGAAGAUUACUGGAUGCAUGUACAGAAUACAUUCAGCCGACAGGAAAACUGUGGUAUGUCUGUGUGUAAUGGUAAAAUAUAUAUCCUGGGUGGAAGACGGGAAAAUGGAGAAGCCACAGACACUAUUCUCUGUUAUGAUCCUGCAACAAGUAUCAUCACAGGGGUAGCUGCAAUGCCCAGGCCAGUGUCCUAUCAUGGCUGUGUGACUAUUCAUAGAUACAACGAAAAAUGCUUUAAGCUCUAA